UGGGCGCUCGGGCUCAUUUGGCAGAAGGGCUGCUCCGCUUUCUUCUCAUGCUGCUUCCCCUUCCUCUUUUCCCAGAUAGAUAUGUAAACACAUGCAUUUUCCUGUUCAAACGGGGCGAAUUGCUGUUCUGCCUGUUCCUUGACUUAGCGAUUGGGCUGAGCCUUGCUCCUCCCUUCUCUGCUCGGAUAGGAGCCACAAGGAUCUGGAGCUCGGGCUUCCAAAUUGCAGCUGGCCUCGGGCCAGGUGACCUUUGCUUUCUCAUCGCAAUAAAAGCAGCUCAGAACCGACCGGCUCGCAACAGGAUUCUCUCAGCCCGGCAUCUCCUGCAGAGGGAUCAGCCUGCUCGAACUGCAAGCGUGAUGUGGGGGACCAAACUUCUGCCGGUCCUGUUGCUGCAACACGUCCUCCUGCACCUCCUCCUGCUUCCUGUCACCAUCCCCUACGCAGAAGGACAGAAGAAGAGAAGAAAUACACUUCAUGAAUUCAAAAAGUCAGCAAAGACUACUCUCACCAAGGAAGAUCCAUUAUUGAAGAUUAAAACCAAGAAAAUGAACUCAGCGGAUGAGUGUGCCAACAGAUGUAUCAGGAAUAAGGGCCUUCCGUUCACUUGCAAGGCCUUUGUUUUUGACAAGACAAGAAAACGAUGCCACUGGUUCCCUUUCAAUAGUAUGUCAAGUGGAGUGAAGAAGGGAUUUGGCCACGAGUUUGACCUCUAUGAAAACAAAGACUAUAUUAGAAACUGCAUCAUUGGCAAAGGAAGCAGCUACAAGGGGACAGUAUCCAUCACCAAGAGUGGCAUCAAGUGUCAGCCUUGGAGUUCUAUGAUCCCCCACGAGCACAGCUUUUUGCCUUCGAGCUAUCGCGAUAAAGACCUGCAGGAAAACUACUGUCGAAAUCCUCGAGGGGAAGAAGGGGGACCCUGGUGUUUCACAAGCAAUCCAGAGGUACGCUACGAAGUCUGUGACAUUCCUCAGUGUUCAGAAGUUGAAUGCAUGACCUGCAAUGGUGAAAGCUACCGGGGUCCCAUGGAUCACACCGAGUCAGGCAAGACCUGUCAGCGCUGGGAUCAUCAGACACCUCACCGGCACAAAUUCUUGCCCGAAAGAUAUCCCGACAAGGGCUUUGAUGAUAAUUAUUGCCGCAAUCCUGAUGGCAAGCCGAGGCCAUGGUGCUAUACUCUUGACCCUGACACCCCUUGGGAAUAUUGCGCAAUUAAAAUGUGCGCUCACAGUUCUGUGAAUGAUACAACUGUCCCUAUGGAAACAACUGAAUGCGUCCAAGGCCAAGGAGAAGGUUACAGAGGAACCAGCAAUACCAUUUGGAAUGGAAUUCCGUGUCAGCGCUGGGAUUCUCAGUACCCUCACCAGCAUGAUGUAACUCCUGAGAACUUCAAGUGCAAGGACCUUAGAGAAAAUUAUUGCCGCAAUCCAGAUGGGGCUGAAUCACCGUGGUGUUUUACCACUGACCCAAACAUCCGAGUUGGCUACUGCUCGCAAAUUCCCAAGUGUGAUGUGUCAAGUGGACAAGAUUGUUAUCGCGGCAAUGGGAAGAAUUACAUGGGCAACUUGUCCAAAACAAGGUCUGGACUAACAUGCUCAAUGUGGGACAAGAAUAUGGAGGAUUUACACCGUCAUAUUUUCUGGGAGCCAGAUGCGAGCAAGUUGAACAAGAAUUAUUGCCGGAAUCCUGAUGAUGAUGCCCAUGGACCCUGGUGCUACACGGGGAAUCCUCUUAUUCCUUGGGAUUAUUGCCCCAUUUCCCGUUGUGAAGGAGAUACCACACCUACAAUUGUGAACUUGGACCACCCUGUCAUAUCCUGUGCCAAGACAAAACAGCUGCGGGUUGUAAACGGCAUCCCAACACGGACAAACGUAGGAUGGAUGGUUAGUUUGAAAUACAGAAAUAAACAUAUCUGUGGAGGAUCUCUGAUAAAGGAAAGUUGGGUUCUGACUGCAAGACAGUGUUUUCCAUCCAGAAACAAAGACUUGAAGGAUUACGAAGCCUGGCUUGGAAUUCAUGAUGUCCAUGGGAGAGGUGAUGAGAAACGUAAGCAGGUCCUGAACAUUUCCCAGCUGGUCUCUGGGCCCGAAGGCUCAGAUCUGGUGUUGCUGAAGCUUUCUCGGCCUGCAGUCCUAGAUGACUUUGUCAGUACAAUUGAUUUACCCAAUUAUGGCUGCACAAUCCCAGAGAAGACCACUUGCAGUGUAUACGGCUGGGGCUACACUGGACAGAUCAACUCGGAUGGUUUAUUGCGAGUAGCCCAUCUGUAUAUUAUGGGGAAUGAGAAAUGCCGUCAGUACCACCAAGGCAAGGUGACUCUCAAUGAGUCUGAACUGUGUGCUGGGGCUGAAAAGAUUGGAUCGGGACCAUGUGAGGGAGAUUAUGGUGGCCCACUCAUUUGUGAGCAACACAAAAUGAAAAUGGUUCUUGGUGUCAUUGUUCCUGGCCGUGGAUGUGCCAUCCCAAAUCGCCCUGGCAUUUUUGUCCGAGUAGCAUAUUACGCAAAGUGGAUGCACAAAGUAAUUUUGACAUACAAAUUGUAAUAGCCGUAGAAGAAGCCAGUGUGUUGGAAACAUCCAUCUAUACAUGAGGAUUUCAGAGACGUCGAGAUUAAAAUGUAACCUAAACCAAUCCUAAAACAUCUACUUGAGUGUUGUGAGUGUUCAGAAACUCAUUAAUAUAUAUGGGUGUUUUCUGUUGUUCUGUUUGUCAGUGUUAUGUUGUAAAUGUUGAAGUGAAUUAAGGUACCUGUAAGUGCAGUAACAUAUCUCCUGAAGAUACUUGAACGGAUUCAAAAAUGCAAUAGUUGCUAGAUGCUAAGAGAUUUAAAGGUUAAGGUUGAUUAUCAUUCUAUGCUGCUUUUCAGGUUAAUAUCUUAAUGAUGAAUCAAUCGUAAGUUAAACAUCAUUUUAACCCCACCGAAACCAAUCUGUACUUUGUGUUUUUAACUUGUAACUCUAUAUUAAAUUAUAUUACACUUCAUAUGGCACAUGUUAUAGUUCAUUCAUUUUUUUCACAACAUGUAUCCUGCAAUACUGGCACACAAACCACCUUUCAUGAAAACAGAUGACCAUAACAAAUGGCUGAAUACACAUGCAGUAAUAUUACAGCUUGAACCAUGAUGUAUCUAGUGUAAUAUCUAAAUGUUUUGGAUGUAUGUAUCUAUAUUUAUUCGAAAAUGUAAAGUUUUUGAAAGAUCAGUGGGAAUAUUCAGGAAAGGUACAAAGUAUAAGUGUUGAUCCUUUGUACAUAUCACAUGUGACCUCCACUGGUAAGUGUUCAUGGUCAGGACAGGACCCAUAGGUUAAAAGAAUGACUAGCCUGUAUGUUUAUUUAUAUUUAUCAGCCUAGUUAUUUUGUGUGCUCUCUAAUUCCUAAAAAGCAGAAAGUAAUUUGUGUACUUGUCUUAUUUCUUUCCUCCAAAUUUGAGCUACCUAUUUAUGAAGGAUAUUGGUAGAUCCAUUUUCUUAAAACAUUUAUUCAGCUUUCAAGCAUGUCUCAAUGAAGAAAUUUGAAAGUGUCUUUGUCUUUAAAAGAUGUAUUUAUAUGGGUUAGUAUUAAAACUUGCUGCUAUGAUUGCCUUCUAGCUCUCCUUAAAUUAAAAAAAAUGAUUUAGCAUAAAAAUAACAUGUCUGCAAAACUUUGUGACCAUACCUUCAUUAAAUUUUACUUUGAAAUAUUUUGAAGAAAAAAAUUAAAAUACUUUCCUUAAUCUAAAAAUUCUUAUUCUUUGAGUAAUAGAAAAAAAUAUGAAGUAAAAUAGUUUUUCUAAAUUCUUUAAUUCAAUGACUUUCAAAAGUAUAAUUGAUUCUGAAAAAUCAAAUAUGUUGGAAAGAUUUCAUAUUUUCUCAUUUCUUUUUAACAAAACUCUUAAUGACAUGGAAGAGUCAUUUAGAUUUUAUAAUCUAUAUAACAUUUAAAUUAUAUUUAUUAUUCUACUGGCCAUGACUAGCUAAGAGCUGUAUAUACAGAAGUAGGAUACUAAAACGUAAUAAGACAGCUUCUAAGUUCUCAGUCUUCAUGUGUACAUCAAGAUUAUUAAAAGUUAUAAUUUGAGUGUUUUGAAUCCAGUGUUCCCAUUCUUGAGACUGAAUUCUUUUAGAGUAUCUGAAAUCUGAAGUUUCAAAGGAUGCCCUAAUGCAUUCGUAGAAUUUCUGGAAGGCAAUUCAGAAGUUCUUGCACAAAAACUAUACACACACACACACACACACACACACACACACACACAAAUGCAUAUAUGUUUUUGAUAGCAUAGGUGCUGUGUUGAUCAACAGUGGAUGCAGAGAGACCCAGUGAAUUGCUGUCCUUAUCAUUUUACAUCCAUUACAUUUUCUUUCCUUUUGCAACAUGUCAUUCAAACAAGGCAUAAAUUUCAAAGAUAUAUUAUUGAAAUAUUAAGGUCCUUCUCAUAGCUUCUUACUGAAUUGAAUAGAUUUCAAUGUUACAUAUAAAUUAUAUUGAUAAAGCUGUUAUGAUAAUUAUGAUACAUUAACAUACUAACAUUUUACAAUACUUCCUACAGUGUAUUUUUUGUAAUUAUCCAUGAGAAGAGGAACAGAAAUUACCUAGAAACAAUAUGCAGUCAAGUUUUUAGAUACUUUGGAAUCAGUGUUUCUACUUUUAGUGAAAAACAAACAAAUAUGUCAAAAAGUCACCAACAUGGUUUGUUAAGCAACUCUUCCCAUUUUCUUUGCAAUGGUCAAAGUCGGAGCUGACAGUGAACAAGAUCCAUAGGGUCUUACUUGCUAGAAAAUGGUAGAGUUAUUUUCUAAGCAACACUAUAUAUGGGGUGGUUUUCUAUGAAUAAAUUUCAAAGGAAAAGGAGAGAAAAAUUUAGCUUAUUUAGAAAUCUAUAUUAUUUUGUCUCAUGGACAAGCAGCCCUUUUGAAUUAUGAGCUCCAAAGUUGGUUUUGUUUUGACUGGGUAAGAGUUACACACUGUCAUAAUUGUAGACAUUUUCUUAUGUCUGUAGGAAUAGGAGUGUAAAACUAAAAUCUUAGUCAUGUGCCUCUGCUGUGCAGAGAGGUGAUAAUUCUUUUGUAUAUUUCUUUAAUGUUAUUGUAAAAUGUAAAGUAACUUUUACCAAUUUGCUGUGGGCAGGUCCUCAGUAUAAUUGUUUCUAGUGAGUUGGUCUCCAUUCAAAGGCUCUGACUUGCCGCCUAAAUGUUUCAAGCUACAGGAAUGGGAAACACUGGAUGGCAAGAAAAAUGACAAUAACGGCAAUGUGUCAGAAAGGCUGUAUUUCCUGUGGAUGCUUUCUGCUGGUACCAAUGGCACUGUGCGGAGCUGAUGCUCCAGCUCCAGCAUCCCUGAAAAAGAGCACUGUCAAGAACCAGUAGUCGCUGUCAGGCAUUUUCUUUUCUCUUACAAUACAAACACUAGCUUUGUAAUAGGGAACGGAAAAUGUCAAUACUAUAUCAUGCUAAGUAAAGGGAAACCUUAAAUUGAUUUAAAAUAACUACUUCUACUCACUGAGUGUAUACAACCACUCAUUUACAUUUAUAGAAAACUCACAAAAUAAAACGGAUUUGGGUAAACACAAUAUAUUUGCCUUUUUACAAAGAGUAAUUGGCAAUAAAUCACUCUGCAAAAAUUAAGUCCAAGUAAGAAUAUGUCUUUCAAAAUUCAACUGAAGUUUGUACCAAGAACUUAUUAAUAAGAACCAAACAAACAAACAAAAACAUCGAACUAUCCCAGACCCUUACCUCUUGACAGUGCCAUUUUUGCAUAGGCUCAUUUCUGUUUGUCCAGAAGGCUUCUGUCUUCAGAAGCUGAAAGCCGAAUCCUGUGGCUAUCACAGCGAGUCUGCCUAUGUAAACAGGACAAGGGUAAGCUGCCGAUUGAGUGGGAUAGCUGGAUGCUUACCCCAAAGAGAACACUGUGGUGAUGGCUUGUAUUAUAAAUUCUCUGUAGUUAAUAAAGUUGUUAUUUUUAUAACCAUAAUUAUAUUGUUAUUCUUAAUAAUAAUAAAAUAUUUUACCAAA